AUGGUGUCCUGUCUUCCCAGCCGUUCGACGCCCAGUGCUCCUGCAAGGACGGAAGAAGGCCGACACAGUACGAGGGAGUCCUUCGUUGCGAAUUCUCAUCAGACGGUCACCGGCUACGACCGGAGAGUGCACGACAAGAGAGAGCUUCGUGCUGCAGCAUCGGCCCAGCUCCCUCCUCUUCCUCCUGGCCGCCACGUCGUUGUUGGUCCCGACAGUCUGGUAAUAUGUCAAGGUGUCAUUAAUAAUUCCCGAGCGGCGGUGCAGUGCGGUGUGAGAGCGAGAAGCAGGAUGCUGUACACGAACGAGCUUUCCCUGAUCUUCAAGACGCACCGCGGCCCUUGUCCAGGAGAGCUUUAUCAGUCAGCAGAGAGUGUCCCUCGUCAGGCACCAUCAUCAGCAUCACCAUACCCCAACCUCGCUGCUCCCGCCCAGCAAGCUGCCUGUUCGAGCCCACAUGCGUUGCUUUCUUGGGAGUUCUCUCGCAGGCGGCCGGCCAGAUCGGGCAGCGAGAAAAAGGGAUCCCAUCCACGCUCUAGCGCCAAACUCAAUGCCCCAUCCCCUUCCUCCCACGCGCACCGUUGCAAGCAGCAGCAGCAUCAGCAGCAAGGUUUCGGGAUGUCGCAGAUUCUCCGUGCGAAAGAGGAUCUGCCUGUGCUCCAACGCCUGCCUUCUGACUUGCAGCUCUGCCGAGGCGUUGCACGAAAGCGGAGAGGGAGAGGCAUGUGGUCUUUCUUUUGCGUUCGCACACAGAACAACGCCCACUGCCUCGCACCCAGAAAAAUCAGGCAGACCGCGCCAGACGCUGCUGAUGAUGAGAUGAGGAGUGAAACUGUCUCAAGAGGCUUGACCUAG